AUGGGUAACCAAAAGAGAACCAAGAACCAGAUUAGACGAGAGAAGGCUAAGCUCAGGAAGCUUGACCCUAAUGGAAAUGGUCCGGCAAAUCCUCCGCCACAACCAACCCCAACCAUACCUUUACUGAACAGAAACAAUGAGAAGUCCAGCAUCUCUGCUGAAGAUACCAACGAUUCUGAAACGACAGUACCGCUUGGUUCCUCUGAAUUGAUGGAGCAAUUUUCACAAGUCUUUGAUCGGUUCAAGAAUAGCACAGAAGAACCAGAUGAACCAUCGAAACAAAAGGAUGAAGUCUUUAGUGAACAGGAAUCUUACAGUGCAUCGGACAGUGAUAGUGACUAUGAAGACGAAACCAAGCCUUUAUCCAAACGUCAAUUAAGACUCCAGAAUAAGGUCUCUUUAGCAUACUUGAAAGCUUCCACAAACAGACCCCAACUCGUUGAUUGGCACGAUGUAGAUGCCAGAGACCCGUUCAUGCUGGUAGCAAUGAAAUCACAGCCCAACGCUAUUCAGGUUCCUGACCACUGGACCGCCAAACGAGAGUACCUUUCUGGAAGGAAAGGUAUGGAUAGAAUGCCGUUUGAGCUACCUAAGUUCAUUCGUGAUACGGGAAUCCAAGAUAUGAGGCAACCGCAAGAAUUAAAUUUGAGACAGGAACAAAGAAACAAAGUCCAGCCCAAAAUGGGGAGGUUGGACAUCGACUACCAAAAGUUGUACAAUGCAUUUUUCAAGCACCAAGAACAGCCGAGAAUGUUUGGUUUUGGUGAUGUUUACUUUGAAGGUAAGGAGGCCAAUGAUGAUUUUGUUCAACUGACUGCGCAUAUAAAACCUGGAGUUGUUUCAUCAGGCCUUCGGAAAGCGUUGGAAAUGACGGAUAACAUGAAAGUUAUGCCUCCUUGGAUUUCAAUAAUGCAAGAUAUUGGUAAGCCCCCUUCCUACAAGAAUUUGGUUAUACCAGGGUUGGACACAGAAUACUCGAAUACUGGGUACAGAGAAAAGGGAAAUAAACAAUACAACGAUGAAGAAUACUGGGGUAAAAUGCAAGAAUAUGUGGAAUCUUCAGAGGAGGAGGAUGAAGAGGAUGAAGAGGAUGAGGAAGAACAUGAAGAGGAAGAAGAGGUGAAUGAAUCGGACAGCCAGGAUAACCUUCAAAUAGGAACCUUUGAGAACGAAGAGCCAACAAAAGUUCCUAUUUCAGAGUUAGGAAAUUCCGUGACUCUGCCAGCCAAAUCUCAGGAUAUCGAUGAUAAUAAAUCAAAAUCCUUGUACACGAUAAUUGAUGAGCAGACUACAGAAUCUGGAGGUGUGCUCAGUAACCAAGUUGGAUAUGAUCUUUCAACAAAAGACAAGAAAACAGAAUCCGACAAAGAAACGACUAAAACGAAGCAGGCAACCAAAAAGUUCAAGUUCUGA